CUGAUCAUGAGUGGACGUGGCAAAGGAGGAAAAGGAUUGGGUAAAGGAGGCGCCAAGCGUCACAGGAAGGUGUUGAGAGAUAACAUCCAGGGUAUCACCAAGCCCGCUAUUCGUCGUCUUGCUCGUCGAGGUGGUGUCAAACGUAUCUCUGGACUGAUCUACGAAGAGACCCGUGGUGUAUUGAAGGUAUUCCUGGAGAAUGUCAUCCGUGAUGCCGUCACCUACACCGAGCAUGCCAAGAGGAAGACUGUCACCGCCAUGGAUGUCGUCUAUGCUCUGAAGAGGCAAGGCAGAACUCUGUACGGAUUCGGAGAACAAAUUUGAAGAUGAGUGAAUUCAAUUGCCUAGAAAAACUUGACUAGUACUUACUCUAUCAUCCCUAGAUGAAUAAAGAGCUAAGUUGAACAUGUGAACAUGGAGGAAUUUGAU